GCCCACCUGAAACCAUGCGCGCCGGGAGUUAGCGACGCGGACUGCGCCUGCGCAAGGUCUUCCGGACCGCGGAGACGGGUUCGCGGCGCCGCGGCGACGAGACUAGGGGGGCCCGGGCUCCGGACGAAGACUGACCAGAGGGGCAGCGAGGGUGACAGCCAGAGUCGGAGCCGGGGGCGUCCGCUGAGGAGACCGAGGCUCUAAAGGGAGGCCCUGGAGGGGAACACCAGAGAUGGACCUCGUGAGACUCUCGCGGCUCUUCUACGGCCCCUGCCCCAUGGGAUUGGCCAUCCUGCACCACCUUGACCCCCUCAGAGCCAGGUGGGCCGGAGGCAGGGAGGGGCCCAUGUGGCCGAGGGCCGCAGGGCUGAUUCGGCUAGCGCCAGCAGCCUUCAACAGCUCCCUCUCUCGGCUGUCCCUCGGCCCGCGGAGCCAGAAGAACACAGGCAGCCUGAGCUCUGACCCAGGCCAGCCCAGCCCCACGGCCACGCAGGAGGAAGGGGAGGAGGAGAGCUUUGGGACCCUUUCCGACAAAUACUCCUCCCGGAGAAUGUUCCACAAAUCGACGGCCCAGUUGUAUAACCUGCGGCUCAAGGAACAGAGUGGUGAAGAAGAUGAGGAAGGGGGGCUGCAGCCAGAAUCACGGCAGGGCCCAAGAAACACCCCUUGCUGGUACUUCUUUCAGUGCAAACGCCUGAUCAAGGAAGGAAAGCUGGCCGAGGCCCUGGACCUGUUUGAGAGACAGAUGCUGAAGGAGGAGCGACUCCAGCCCCUUGAGUGCAACUACACCGUGCUGAUCGGGGGCUGCGGGCGGGCUGGCUACCUGAGGAAGGCCUUCCAGCUCUACAAUGACGAGCUGAGAACAUCCUUUAUUCCAGCAAGAAUUCUUGGGAGCCCUAGUCUCGUCAUUUGGGCCUGGCCCUUAAUGAAGAAGCGAGACCUGGAGCCCUCAGAUGCCACCUACACAGCCCUGUUCAACGUCUGCGCUGAGUCCCCCUGGAAGGACUCUGCUCUGCAGAGUGCCUUGAAGUUACGGCAGCAGCUUCAGGCCAGAAACUUCCAGCUCAACUUGAAAACGUACCACUCCCUGCUGAAGAUGGCCGCCAUGUGCGCAGACCUCAGGAUGUGCCUCGAUGUGUUUAAGGAAAUCAUCCAGAAAGGACAUGCGGUCACAGAGGAGACCUUCAGUUACCUGCUCAUGGGCUGCAUCCAGGACAAGAAAACGGGUUUCCGAUAUGCCCUGCAGGUGUGGAGGCAGAUGCUGAGCCUGGGGCUCCAGCCGAGCCGGCACGGCUACAACCUGCUGUUGGGGGCAGCUCGGGACUGUGGCCUGGGGGACCCGGAGGUGGCCUCGGCGGUGCUCCUGAGGCCCAGGGAGGAGAUGGUCCUGCUCCAGCCCCCGGCAGGUGGGCGGCAGGCAAGGAGGAGAGACGGGGUCGGGGCGGACGAUAGCCUGUCAGCCAGGCUGCACGUGGAGGCCCUGGAGAGGCAGCUGUUUCUAGAACCUUCUCAGGCACUUGAGGGGCCUCUGGAGCCUCAGGAGGCCGGAGCCCGCGGCAAGGCCCAGCCUGGGGUGGAAACCAAGGUGGAGCCUGACCACGCUGUGGCCCCUGCGGCCCCGGUGCCGCCUCCCUGGGGGCUGGAGACCAACCUCCUGACCCCCGGGGCGGUCUCCUCGGCUGUGGUCUCCUUUGGGACCGUGACCACUCCAGCCGACAGGCUGGCCUUGAUGGGGGGCCUUGAGGGCUUCCUGGGAAAGAUGGCGGAGCAUGGGCUUCGGCCCGACAUCAAAACCCUCACGCUGUUGGCGGAGGUGGUGGAGCCCGGCACUUCCGCAGAGUCCUCGCUACUCACCAUCUUGGACGCGCAGCAAGUGGAGGCCGACCUGACCUUCUUCAACACGCUGAUGAGGAGGAAGAGCAAGCUGGGCGACCUGGAGGGGGCGAAGGCACUGCUGCCAGUCCUGGCAAAGAGGGGAAUCGUCCCUAACCUGCAGACAUUCUGCAGCCUGGCCAUCGGGUGCCACAGGCCAGGGGAUGGCCUGCAGCUGCUUGCAGACAUGAGGAAAUCCCAGAUGACCCCCAGCGCCCACAUCUACAGCACUCUCAUCAACGCAGCCGUCAAGAAGCUGGACUACGCCUAUCUCAUCGACAUCUUGAAGGACAUGAGGCGGAACAGGGUCCCGGUGAAUGAAGUGGUCAUCCGCCAGCUGGAGUUCGCAGCCCAGUACCCACCCACCUUCGACCGGUACAAAGGGAGAAACACCUACUUGGAGAAGAUUGAUGGUUUCCGAGCUUAUUAUAAGCAGUGGCUGAAAGUGAUGCCAGCAGAGGAAACCCCCCACCCGUGGCAGAAGUUCCGGACCAAACCAAAGGGAGACCAGGACACCGUCACUGUGGCCGAUGUGGACAGAGGCCCUGGGGGCAGGUGAUGGGGAGACCCUGGGGGACCUCCAGCAGAGCUGGAACAAAGUGCAUGGCCUUCACACGGCUCUGCGGGAGCCCCAAGAGUCCCUUUCAUAUUCAAGACACGUGAAUGUGCCGUGUAGCUGCAAGCUUGAGGGAAAGGUCUGGGCCACAGUAAGAGCUGCAGCUUUUUGCAGGCAUUGGUCUGAGGUGCCCAAGAAGUUCAUGGCAAGUCCAAGAGCAGCUUGGGCCACCUUGGUAUGUCAUCUUAGGCCCUCCUCGUCUGAGAGGUUGCCACCCCCAUCACUAAUGAGGAAAGUAAGUGCUCAGGGUCACACAGCACCUGUGAGGUGGAGUUAGGAUCACGCCUUAAGGGAGACUGGUCUCCAGGGCUUGGCACUGUCCCACUGGGUUCCACAGACUGCUGGCUCUGAAAGAAGGCAGGCAGGACCCAAAAGGUUUACUAGUUUUAUUUCUACAAAUCACAGCUGAUGAACACCAAAGCCUUCACAUGUAGAGACCAUGCUCCUACUCGGGCCUGGGGAACUGCUCUGAGGAAGAGCCGCUCCCAGGAAAGGGUGGCGUGACAGGCAGAAACCUGCGCAGUCCAGAGUCCAGGGCGGAGAGGGGUCGGGGCCGAUGGCCUCAGCCAGAGCAGCCCCGGCAGCCGCAGUGCGUGCACUCGAUGAUCCGGCCCUGCAAACAGAAGACAGCUGAGACCCCGUGCCCCUGCCACGGACCACACGCCCACACGCAGGAAUCCUCCUGUGGGAAGGGUGGCCACGGGACAUCCACUCCCCAUAGGACACUCCUCAGAAACCCUCUGCGACAGUGCUGGAUGGGGAAAAUUCGGUUCCCUCGUGAACAUGGAAACAGCUGCUGUUGACACUGCAGUUACUUCUCUAUGUGGAUUUAAUUUAUGCAAAUUCAGUGUACACACUUGCUCCCAAAAAA